ACCAUAUUGCUACCAUCAUUCUGAUUGGCUUCUCCUGGCUGGUCCACUACAUUCGGGCUGGUACUCUGAUAAUGCUUGUGCACGAUUCAUCAGACUGGCUGUUGGAGUCGGCCAAGAUGUUCAACUAUGCGGGCUGGAGGAAAACCUGCAACUACAUCUUCACCCUGUUCGCUGGCGUCUUCAUCGUGACACGCCUCAUCAUCCUCCCCUUCUGGAUCAUACACACUACGUGGGUUUAUCCAGCCACCCUCUACCCCCCCUUCUUUGGAUACUACUUCUUCAAUGGCCUGAUGUUCGUGCUCCAGUGCCUGCAUGUCUUUUGGGCGGCCCUCAUACUGCGCAUGGUUGUCAAGUUCCUGCCGAACAACGAGAUCGUCGAGGACGAGCGGAGUGACAGGGAGGAGGCCGAAUCCGAGGAGGAGGACGAGGUUCACGAGAGGAGGGAGAAGUCCAAAAACGGGCAGGUGCAAAACGGCCAUGCUGCCGUCCUCAACAACAACCACCACUACCACAGCAAGGCGGAGUGACGCCGGGCGGGCGGAGCACGCACGCUGGCACGGCGGGACGCAGAUUCUGUUCUACCUGUGUUUCUGAUCCAGGAGGACUCACUUGGAAAGCAUGUCUAGUGCAAAUGGGAGGCACCACACACACACACACACACACACACAAAGCUUAAUAGUAAGAAAAAAAAGAAAUAUGCAUUUAGACUAAUUAGUCUCGCACAUGAACCUAAACCCUCCUUGUACGCCACCUAGUUUGCUGGCAUGUUUCACCGCUCUGUAAAUCACACUACAUGUAAUAAGAGAACAGGCAGGGUGGGACGGACUGUCCUGCGAGUUUUGUGGCAAACUCUUCUCUUUUGUCCCUUCUCCUCUUCCGUUGUCUCGGUUACGAUGUCGCUCACCAGUCGCUAGCGUGCCUGCCUCAAAGCGUUGUUGUUGUUCAUAACUGAAAAUGAAAUAUAGGGAUUUUUGCGUUAUUGUUUAGCACAGGCAGGCUAAUCUUGUGUCUCUGGUUAACACUUGAUGGUAUGUUGCUACGCCGAAAACGCAAAAGGCCAAUACUUUUCAUUUCAACUGAUCCACACACUGAUGUCACUGGCUGUGCCAACACCUCCACUGCCAAGAGAGAGCGAGCAGGUGCUGUUGGGAGGAACAGGGCUCAGUACAGGUCAGUGUUAGAAUCACUGAAACACAAAUUAGCUUGAGAGAAAGAUGGAACUGGUGUAAUGACAACUUAUUUAAUUGUAGAUCUUUAGUUGCCAUUGAUGAUCAGACCCGAACUGUGCCAGUGUUGAGUUCAAUUACGCUUGUUCUAUUUGGCAAUAAACAAUUACACUUUUUACUUUUUUAGAAAAGGAAGAAAGUUUGAUAUGAAACGUUUAGCUUCAGUCAUCUCUGAGUAAUGCAGUGAAUCCAGCUUGACUUUAUCUUACUUGUGUUCUUCUUAUUAUGCUUUAGUUUAUCAGUUGUUUUAGUUUUUAUGUUUUACUUAUGAAUGUGUCAAUCUUUUUCACCAGUCUGCAUUCACAAGGAACACGGUUCUUCCUGUUCAGUCUUCAUCUUAAAUUCAACUUGACUGAGUGGAGUCGUCGGUUCCUCCCUUCAGACAUUCAUCCAUUCAAAUCAGUAUUCAUCUGCCCUUUUAUUUAAAAUGCACUUUAUGGGUUUCAAAUAUGGCUCAGAAUUGGCUGAACAUAGCCCUAAUCAUAGUGUCAACCGCAUUGCUUUGAGCGGCAGUAAGCGUAAUCGGAGUUUAGUCCAUGUCCAUUUAUUUUUGAGAGAAAAAAUGUUAACAAAAAAAGCAUUGAGAUUGUGACUCUGCUAUGUCAGAGUAGAAUGGAAGCCCCAAAGUAUACGUUUGCCAUGUUGGUUAAGGUUGCCUCUGUGUGCAAGUGCCUAAACUCUCUACAACUACACCCUAUACUUAAUUUCUGUCUGUUUCUUGCCUCAAGUCUUUUCCCCUUCCCUGUACUGUAAUCCUUGCUUUUUGUUACUUGCUUUUUGUUGUUUUGGUACUUUAUUUCCCUGCAGUGCCUUACCCUGUCUCUUUUCUCUGUCUUCUAGUCUGUGUCAACUCAACAACCAAGCCCCUGUACCAAUUUGCUGCCCCCCCCCACCCCCAAUACAGCUUUGCUGCUACAAAUGUUUUUAUUUUGUAUUUUGCCUCGUCGCUUGUCGAGAUAUAAGAUAAAGAUGAUUUGUGGAUGAAA